GUACCCUCUUCUACCUCCUCCAUUUCACCAAAAACAAACUCAAACCAACUAUUCCUUGAUCAAAAAUAGCAAUGGGUUCUUUCGUUUCUCAGUUUUUCUUGAAAUCGAUUUUGGUUCUUUUCUUCUUGCAAGUCUCACUUGCUACAAGGCAUUUGAUGGAGCUGGUUCGGGACCAGCAGAGUCAGCUAUUGCACUACCACAAUGGUGCUCUUCUUUCUGGGAAAAUCUCAGUCAAUCUGAUUUGGUAUGGCAAGUUCAAGCCAUCCCAGAGAGCCAUUGUUUCCGAUUUCAUCACAUCCCUCUCUUCACAACCUUCAAAGACUACUACCCAACAACCCUCUGUUUCCCAGUGGUGGAAGACCACCGAGAAAUACUACCAUCUCACCUCCAAGAAAUCUACUCUCUCCCUCGAUUUGGGAAAACAGAUUCUUGACGAGAGUUGCUCGCUUGGGAAAUCACUCUCUAGCAAACAACUUGUCCAAUUGGCCUCGAAGGGUGAAAAACAGAAUGCUAUUAAUGUUGUUUUGACAGCCUCUGAUGUAGCCGUUGAGGGAUUCUGUAUGAAAUGUGGCUCUCAUGGGUCUGCCUUGGGAUCCAAAGCUGCUCACAUUAAUGGCAAAAUCCCCAAAUUUGCCUACAUCUGGGUUGGAAACUCUGAGACACAGUGUCCCGGUCAAUGUGCCUGGCCAUUCCAUCAACCAAUCUAUGGACCCCAGAACCCACCAUUGAUUGCACCCAAUAACGAUGUGGCCAUGGACGGGAUGGUGAUCAAUUUGGCUAGUCUUUUGGCUGGUACGGCUACGAACCCAUUUGGGAAUGGGUACUAUCAGGGAGAACCAGGGGCGGCACUAGAGGCUGCUUCUGCUUGUCCUGGUGUUUACGGGUCUGGAUCUUAUCCGGGUUAUGCUGGGAAAUUGUUGAUGGAUUCAACAACUGGUGCUAGCUACAACGCGAAUGGUGAUAAUGGAAGGAAGUUCUUGCUUCCUGCCUUGUAUGAUCCUUCUACAUCUUCUUGUUCGACUUUGGUUUGAUAGAUAAAUGUAGUGGAACAGGGGAGUUUAUGAUCUUAGCUCAGAUAUUGUAAUUUAUUGAUUUAUUGAUUUCUUUAGCUACUAUUGAUUUAAUGAAAUGAAAAGGAAAUCGCUUCGGUUUCCUUUUUCACUGAAAA